AUGUCUUCUUCCUCACAAUCAUCAAUAAUUCAUCAACAAACAUCAUUAUUGAAUGAAAUUACAUUUCAUCAAACAUCAAAGUUUGUUAGCAUUAUCUACAAUAUUCUAGUACGAGAUAAGGAAGAUUAUUUGGAUGUAGAAUUUCAAAACGAAUUGACAGUGAUAAAAUUUAAACCUUCUGCAUCAAACAAAUUUACAUUAAAAAUUCACCAUCCAUCAACAAGUUCAUUGUCAAAUUCAUUCACUAUUUCUGACAAAAAUCUUGUAAUAAUACUUGAAAAAAAAGAUAAAGAAUUAGAAUGGCAAUCUUUGAUUUUCAAAUAUAAAGAUGAAGAUGAAGACGAUGUUCAAUUAUCAAUAAAAGAGAACAAAGAAGUAAUGGUAGAAAGAUGGUUUUUAACAAGAAAUAAUGUUCAAAGGUGUUCACAAAUUUUAGAAAAUGAAUCAAAAUGGAUUACUUCUUUACAAGCUAAACAUGAUAAAAAUGUGAUAACUGUUAAUCUGAAAACAAAUCAUUCUAUAUCAAAAAAUACGGAAUAA